AUGGCAACCGUACCUCGACUGUUCCAAAUACACGGAACGUGCAAUAACUACACGUGGGGAAAGAAAGGCCACGACUCUCUUGCGGCUAGGCUGUGCGAAAAGACACCAAACACAGGCUUCGUCAUCGACGAAGACCAGCGCUACUCGGAGUUGUGGUUUGGCGACUACCCGGAUUUUCCUGCAAAAGUCUUGGAGACGGGCCAGCCGCUUGCCGAGCUGCUGAAUGAGCACAAAAGAGCACUGCUGGGGUCCCAAGUGGUGGAGCGUUUCGGUAAUCACCUACCGUUUCUUCCCAAGGCGAGUUGGCCGCUCCGAUUUGGUCCAAGAUGUGCGGCUCUGACCGAGAUGCCCCAGAUUCUCUCAAUAAGCAAGCCUCUCCCGUUGCAAAUUCACCCGAAUAAAUCGCUUGCGGCCAGGCUCCAUCAGAGGUUUCCAGAAAAGUUCCCCGACAGCAAUCAUAAGCCGGAAAUCGCCGUCGCUCUUUCGCGCUUCGAACUAUUCGCCGGAUGGAGGGGGCUCGAUCAAAUCUCGCCCUUGUUCGACGUGCCCAGCCUGCGGCGCUUCGUCCCGGAGUCCACGGCGUCCUGGACGGACGAGACCCUGAGAGAUGUCGUCCGCGGGAUACUGAAGGCGGACGCGACGACCGUCGACAAUAUUGAGCAAGAUCUGAAGCGGCACGUCGAGCAGGGCGUUCACAUGCCCGGCCAUCCCGGCCCCUCCAUGCUCGACUUGAUCCAGCGUCUGCGGUCUCACUCCUCCCCGACAGACCCGGCCAUAUUGGUCGCCGUUCUGUGCAUGAACUAUCUCGCACUGGACCCUGGCGAGGCAGUAUUCAUCCCAGCAGACGGUCUUCACUGCUAUUUGUCCGGGGACGUGGUCGAGUGCAUGGCGCGUUCGAACAACAUGCUCAGUGGCGGCUUCUGUCCCGCCGCCGACCGCGACAGCAUCGAUCUCUUCUCCGAGACUCUGGUCAUUGAUAGCAGCACCCGUGCAGAAAACCUCAAGUUGCCGGCGAGACGGCUCAGAGAUGCACUUGGCCGCCACACUAUGGUGUACCAGCCACCGAUUGGUGAAUUCGACGUGAUUCGAAUUGACCUGCCUGCCGGGCAAGAGGAACCGCUCGGGAAACGCAAAGGUCCAACAGUCGCCAUUGCGAUACUUGGCCGGGGCGCCAUUCUAGGGGGCGACACGGAGCUUCCCGUCGAGGAGGGGUUUAUUUUCUUUCUUGCCGCAGAGACAGCCGCCAUGUUGCGUGCAGACUCUGCCUUGCAGGUUCUCGCCGCAGUCAUCCGGUAG